ACGUUAGCUUGGUGAGGAAAUUCAAAAGUGGAAUAUUCAAAAGAACCGCUCGUUGUGAUGGUUGCAUUCUAUCCGGACGUUCCAGGUGAAUCAAAGGACUAAAUCGUUAGGGCUAUCAAAUGCAUCAUUCACCCGCAAAAUAUCACACGGUUCCACACCUUGAAGUUCCAUUUGGCACUCCUCUCCAACGGACAGAAAGGACAGUUCAUGAUCUGGUUAUAGUCCCACCGUCCAAAAUGAUUGCACUAUCAGACAGAAGAACUAGACAGCAGGGUCCCUUGGUGAUGAAUUCAACAGCCCAGCAUGCAUUGAACAGCACACCAGCCAUCCCAUGUGAGCUCAGCAGCAUAAACAUGACAGAGUACCAAGAAGCAUCAGUCCUGGCACCAAAACGGGAUACCGAUACCCCAGCAAAGGUUUUUGCCAGGUUGAAAGCGAAAGUUCAACGGCAAAACCUUAAGAAGCACAGGGAAGACCCACGGUAUUUUAUAAAUGGACACAUGGGGAAGAGAGAUGCAUGCCCAAAGGUGCUGCAGUCACACACUGAUGAUAACAUGCAGGAAGGCCAAGAAACGUGUGUGUUGACACUGUCACCUCCUAAGUCCCCAAAAACAUCUCAUGUGGGAGAUCUGCCACCAGCUUCAAAUCCUGCCAAAAUUAUUGAUGGAGGGCCAGCAAGCAAAUUUGACACUGAUUCAUUUUAUGAGCCAGUUAUUUUGCUGGAGCGGAUGCACCCCGAAGACUUGCUUGCACAAAUUAAAGCACGGCAGAAGAGGUGGCAGGUGAAUCCUGUCAGUAAUUCCAAUGAUAUGACCACAGAUCCUUAUGUUUUGCUGGAGCGCUUACCUUCUAUAGAGACUCUCACUCAACUUGAACAGUCAAAACAGACGCAAGUAAUGCAUUGUGUCAGCAAUUCACAGCAUGUUCGAACCAGAGGUCAUUGUGGUGUGUUUGGUGAUAUGAGCAGAAAAGAUUAUUUUGAAGGUGGAGCUGAUGAGGAGCCUUGCGGUGUGGAUGUGAGUUUGGGUGUGCCUGCUCACAGCCAAGCAGUGCAACAAAGGCCAGAGCAUGCAGCCAACAACCAUCAAGAAGCCUUAGAACAGCCCCUUCAAGCUCUGCGUGUGUUGGAGGAUUCUCUCCUGCAGCUAUCUCCUCGCAUCUCAAUCCCUCAAAAGCAAAUAGCAGUGUUUAAGUCCAAGCAGCAGACUAAAGAAAUGGAUGAAGCUCAGAAUGGAAGGACCCGUGUGAAUGGGAUUCAUUUAAAAGAUUGGGUCUUGAAGCUACAGAUCAGAGAACUUGUGGUUGAUGGCAUUCGUUUAGACAACAGUGUACCUUGGCACAGUAGCUGCAUUACUGAACGAGUUUCAAGUAAUCAAGUUAAGACUGCGAGUGGUAGGACCUAUGUUCUUGUUGGAAAGAUGUCACACUUCCACAAUUCAGCAUUUCCUUCAUGGUUUUUGAAGAAGUUCAUUUUUGGAUUUCCAAAAAUGUGGAAGGAGUACCUGGAUACAUUUUUGGCUGACAGUGGAAGAUCUGAAAAGAGCAGAAAAAAUAACAACUCUGCACCUUGUCAACUGCAAAAAAAAAGGCCAGUGAAAAAACAGAUUUCUAAACAUCUUAAGGACACUGUAAUCUCUUCUGUUAACUUGACUGGCAAUAUCCAGCCUCAGAGUACUCCAGUUUCCCGCAGUGGCCGACUUAUCAAGCCUCCUCUGGAGUACUGGAGAGGAGGAAGAAUCACAAUAGACUCAGAUAUGAAUGUUACUGUUCAUAAGGAUUAUGCAUCAAACUCCAUUUUAAUCACGCCUAGAGCAGAACCAGUGGUAAUUGUAAAACCACAACUUCCAAAAGACCAACCAGGUGUGUCCAAAGGAAUGCAGAAUGUCAGUGAUGACGACAUGUUGGCACCAAGGAGACGUGUCAAACAGUAUAAGAUGUCUAAUAGAAGGCUUCAGGGAACUGAAGUCUCAGACACUGCUCCUCAGAAUAAAUCCCAGCCCAUUGCUUCCAGCUCAGACUCUGACCAUGCCGCUACACAGGCUCGCACUCAACAGACACAAUCUGAGGGAAUGUGCUUGAGGAGAGAUCGGUCAUAUUCCACAGUGAGAACCUUACGUGACUCAGACUCCGAGGUCACCACAUUCGCUACGGAUGCUUGUGCAUCGAACACUGUGGUUUGCCCAGAAAAUACUGUGUCUGCACUACAGGGCCCUCUGAGCAGCCGCAGAACCAGGCACAAGCAGAAGCCCUCCAUGAGAGUAAAUCGGAAUGAGCAACUUUCUGCUUCAUGUUCUGACACUAACGCCAGUUGUCCACGUACGCGUUCUAGGGUCCAGAACAGUACAGAUUCAAAUGACUUAUUUACAUCUCCAGAACCUCUGGUGGGACACAAAAGACGAGGCUCAGCGGACCCCAGACAUAAACAAAUUCCUCCUGAAAUUGCUACUUCAGAGACAGAGGAAUCUGAUUAUCAAUCAGAACAAGAUAAAUCACAAUAUUUAGACAAAAAUACUAGGAAGCGAAGAAAGAUUCCAGGGAAAAAUGAGAAUUACUCUUUGAAUGUAGAUAGUGUUGAGAGCACUCUGUCAGAACUGGUGGAAGGAGAGAAAAGCAAGAUGACACAAUUUGUGCACAAAAAGACAAGAUGGAGGACAAAUUCACUAGAUUCUGCAAAGAAUGGAACAAUAACAGACAACAGAAAUCCUCAACAGUCAAAAGAGGUGGAUUAUCUACGGUUUUCUGAGACGGGCGCUUGUUUACAUAUAAAGAAAGAUAAAAAGACUUGCAGAAAAAUAAAUGCUUCACAGAAAAAUAAAAAUUGUCUCGUGAAUAUAGAAAAAGUUGAAAAUUCUCAUUCAAAGCCAACAAGAAAAGAGAAAAGCAAGAUGACGAAACCUGUGCUGAGGAAGACGAGACAAAGGAAAGUUUCAGUAGUUUCUGAAAGGGUAACCAAUGACCUGGAUUCCCUCAGUCACACAGAGACUGGGCGACCAACAGAGGUGGAUGAUGUUACAUCUGCUGUCCUAGAAAACUGUGGCAAGAUACAAAAGGCAAUGGUGAAAGGCAAAGCUAGCAAUAAGCAAACUGAAAAAAGCUGUGAAAGUGAACAAGAUGCAGAAAAUGGAAAUUGGACAGACAAAGAACUGCAAAAGCUUAAUGAGGCUGUGAACUCAUUACCUAAGCACAAGAGUGGCUACUGGUUAAACGUUGCCUUGGUAGUGGGUACCCGCUCUGCCGAGGAGUGUCAGCAGCAGUACUCUACAUGUUACCAAAGCCGUGCAAGACCCAAAGGAAAACCAAAUCAGAAGCCUGCAAAACCAGAUGAACCCAGAAAGGAAACGGCACAGAUUACUGCAAAAGUUGGAACCCUGAAGAGGAAGAAACAGAUGUGGGAGUUCUUGGAUCACAUGCCCAAAGAAAACCAUGAUGACAUUUUCACUGCUUCACCAAUGCACAACAAACAAAUCAAGUUGCCUGUAUGGUCUACUAAUGGAGACGAACCAGACUUCAGCCAGCUCCAAAACCCACAGACCCCCACCUCGAGCAUCUUUGCUUCAGUAAAAACUCCUCAGUGUUUGCACAUAACACCAGGAAUGAUGGGCCCAAUUAACAGGAACAACAAUGAUAAGUAUAUUUACCAACUACAAAAGGUAAAAAAACAAGGCAAAUAUGGCAGAAAAGCCAGCCCAAAGGAAAGGUUCACACCAGUUCCAUCAGUGAGGAAAACCAAGAAGAGAUGUGUUGCGGAAGAUGAUGACUUUGUUGUGUGGAACAUGCUGUCGGACAAAGAUGCUCCAUUUACAAGAGUUGAAGAUGAGGAAGAAGAUGAUUAUUUCAUGGAGGAAUGCUGAAUUUUUGAGAUAUUUAUAUAUGGUUUACUUGUUGGCCACUUGACUUUGGUCAAGUUUUCAAUAGUUAAAUCAGUACACCAAGGGGACAAUUUUUUUUAUAUAUAUAUAUAUAUUCCCCUACCCCCCAGUACUUGUAAAGCAAACUAAGAUAUUUUUUUUUUCCCCCUCUUCUUGUGGUUAUGUGCUGGGAAGGUUCUGUGGUGUUCUUACUCCUUAAUCAUAUGAAAAUUAUAAUGCAACUGUUAAUUGCCAAAUUAUCUUAAUCUGACCCUCUGUAAACAAUUACACAUGUAAAUAUUUAUGUUUACUGAAACAAUUUUAAAGUCUUCUGUGUUUUAGAAAGGUGAAAACAUUUGACAUGAACUGAUCUGGUAGAAUUUCAGUUUAUAGAUACUCUAAAUUCAUAUUUUUAACAUUGUCAGAAAAGGUAUUUGAAAAUUAUCUUUCUUUGGAUAUAAUGUUAAUAAAAAUAAAUGAGGAAAUUGGAAUAAAAACUGGAAUUGAACUCA